CGACGACACAGCAGUUGUUUGGACUGUGAUGUGCUAUUGCAUUUGUUUUUCAUAAAUUGACGUUAAUACUUUUAUUUUGUUUUUUUAUCAUUACUGUAAUUUUUUAGAGAAAACUAUCCUUCGGUAGCGCUCUGCGCAUGUGCAAGUGUCUAUGAUCGAGGUCGUCGAAAUGUAAGUGGUGACAUUUCAGUCUCAUGCUUGUGUUUUACUAUUAAAGAGUUUCUUAUUUUAGCCCUUUAAAAUAGUGAAUAUGUUACUAUUUAGUUAGUUUGUGGUGGACAUUGAAAGUGAAUUUCGUAUUGAGUGAGCAGUUCUCCACUAAAAAGAGGAAUUUAUAGUUGAUUUUGUUCGGAAUGUCCGUUACUAGUACUACGCCGUCGACUUCUGAGCCAGCGCUGGUUGCAUCAGCAUUGACCGGCAGCAACGCGUCGACCAGCGGCAGCACAGUUUUACCUGCUCAUCCUAUUGCUGUUCAUGCAUUAGGCGACGGACUUUUUCUGCAGACAAAAACCGCACAGGGAAUUGCUGGAGUUUUUGUCGGUCUUGCCUUGUUCCUAACUUGCUCUCAGAUAUAUCAUCACCUGCGCUGGUACACUAACCCAGCCGAACAACGAUGGAUCGUGCGAAUAUUGUUCAUUGUUCCCAUAUACGCGACUUAUUCGUGGAUCAGUUUGCUGUUUUUUAAUAGCGAAAGUUAUUACGUGUACUUCUUCACAGUCAGGGAUUGCUAUGAAGCUUUCGUGAUAUACAAUUUCUUGAGCUUGUGCUACGAAUAUUUGGGAGGCGAAGGAAACAUAAUGAGCGAAAUCCGAGGAAAACCGAUCAGGUCGAAUUGUCUUUAUGGGACAUGCUGUCUGGUUGGGAAAAAUUACACCAUAGGAUUUCUGCGAUUCUGCAAACAGGCUACUUUACAGUUCUGUUUAGUGAAGCCGGUUAUGGCCUUUGUCAUUAUAUUCCUGCAGGCAUUUGGACAUUAUCACGAUGGUGAUUGGAGUGCUGACGGUGGUUAUAUCUACAUCACGAUCAUAUACAAUAUCUCGGUCAGUCUUGCAUUGUAUGGUCUGUUUUUGUUCUAUUUCGCUACAAGGGAUCUUCUGACGCCUUUCGAACCAGUUUUGAAAUUCUGCACGGUGAAAUCUGUGAUUUUCUUAUCGUUUUGGCAAGGCGUAGCAUUGGCCGUAUUGGAGAAAGCUGCAAUCAUCUCACCAAUUGUAGAUGAUUCUGGUUACCCGACAUCAGCAGGUACAGUGUCCGCCGGAUAUCAGAAUUUCCUGAUCUGUAUUGAGAUGUUCUUCGCAGCCGUAGCGUUACGUUAUGCCUUCCCUUACCAGAUUUAUGCACAGGGUUGUAUUACAGAUACGCACGGCAGGUCUGUCACUAUGCAGUCAAUCAGUAGCAGCCUAAAGGAAACAAUGAAUCCUAAAGACAUAAUGACAGAUGCCAUUCACAAUUUCCACCCACAGUACCAGCAGUACACCCAGUACAGUUCUGAAGUGACUUCUAAUCGUCCGUACGAGAAGCUUUGAAAGUCUCAAAUGAAUUUGUAUGGGUGUUACUAUUGGACCUGCCACUAAGUGCCUGCUUCACAUAACUCUAGCUUCUCAAAUAGCUAGCUCACAUUAUCCAAUAAUCAACUCUUGUAACAACCUCAUUUUAGUUUAUCUGAUGCAUGAGAAAAAGGUUCACAAUCAAAAUUAAUAAGCAAUUUAACAAAUAUGCAGUGAUAAUUAUGAAUGACACAAUGUAAAUGACUUUAUUUUGAUAUAAACUCCAUGUAGAAUUUCACAUGGAUUAUUAU